AUGUCAGCAAAUUUGACCAACGUUCUGGCGACUGCCAGCGGCAUUUCGACUCAUGUCCUGGUAUUUCGUGUGGGCGAAUGGGACGUAGUGUCGCAUUUCGUCUUGAUAUUUUACCUCUUUCGCGUGCCCAUUUUUGAGGCUGUCAAGUUCGCAGGUUGUCACAUAUUCGGGCUUUAUCUGAGUAUUCUAGUAUAUCGGGUAUUCUAUCACAGACUGUCGAAGUACCCAGGCCCCUUUCUAGCCCGACUCACUAAUUUUUAUAUCACGAAACGGUCAAUCAAGAAGUUACACUUGUUCGAGGAGAUCCGAAAACUACACGAAGAGUAUGGAGACUACGUUCGCGUCGGCCCAUCAGAACUAUCCAUUGCGGACCCAGAGGCUGUUUUGGCUAUACACGGAUACCAAUCUCCAACUACAAAAGGUCCUUGGUAUACAUUGUUAGAGCCUCGAGCCCCCCUUAAUAUGAUACGUGACAAGGAAGAGCACGCCCGGCGUCGCAAAGUGUGGGAUCAAGGUUUUAGUACCAAAGCGCUACUCGGAUAUGAUCCUCGGAUAACUAUAGCGAUUAGCCAGUUACUCAACGUCAUCAACAAACAGCGGUCUAAACCAAUCGACAUAACCAAAUGGUUUACUUUCUUCACGUUCGACAUAAUGGAGAGUCUUGCAUUUAAUAAGUCAUCAAACAUGUUAGCAGGUGGCAACGAGGGCUACGCGCUUAGGUCCAUCCGCGGGGAAGUGUACAACUUGGCGUUUUUCUCUCAUCUACCCUGGCUUCUACCCUUCCUCAAAAGAAUCCCGCUUCUUAAUCACAGUUACUUACAGUUUUGGGCAUGGGUACAGGAUCAAAUCAAUGAAAGAGCCAAGGACGACCCAGACCAACCUGAUAUCUUCUCAUGGCUUCUAGAGGCAUAUAAUAAAAGUGCGAAAACUCGAAAGGAUCGCUUCGAUCUACACGGCGAUGCCCAUGUAAUCAUUAUCGCCGGUAGUGACACCGUAGCUGCAGCACUCACGCACGUCUUUUUUCACCUUGCGCAUGACCCGAUGCUCGUGCGAGCAUUACAACGGGAAUUUGACGCACUUCCCGACUUAACAUCUGCGAGCUUGCAAACAGUCAAUCUCCUAGAUGCAGUGAUCAACGAAACGCUGCGACUACACCCACCUGUACCAUCUGGCAAUCAACGAGUAACGCCUCCUGAAGGCUUACGCAUUGGCAACAAAUUCAUCCCCGGAAAUACAAUCGUGCAGGUGCCUCAAUACACCGUUUUUCGAGAUCCUCGAGUGUUUGACCGUCCACUGGAAUUUAUCCCCGAUCGCUGGACCACACGUCCCGAAUUGAUUAACUAUAGAUCAGCUUUCAUACCAUUUGGCUCUGGCCCCUUCGGAUGUAUUGGGAAACGAUUAGCGCUCAUAGAGAUUCGUCGAGUGGUGGCCGAGAUUGUGUCACGAUAUGACAUGAAACCUGCCCCCGAACACAACAAGGAGGCAUUCCUAGAUGGAAAAAAAGAUACUCAUACUCUUGUUUCUGGGCCGUUGCAUUUAAUAUUUGUAGAAAGAGUUUCUCUUGCACUGCCGGGGGCCUCACAGGCCCUAUAG